AUGGUAUCCAGAAGAUUUAAAAUCAUUUUUCUUUUCUUAGCUUCUUCAAUUGUCCUUGCUAAGGGUGAAAAAUUGCUUGGAGACACUGAUGGGACUUGAAAUUAUCUUGGGUAUAACGGCUAUGCUGGAAAUGUCAUUAUGAAUUCUUUAACAGGCUCAUCUUAUUUCUAUUGGCUUUUUAAUGCAAUCAAUGGAAAUAUUUUCAGUGAUAGCUUGCCAUUAGUCAUAUGGAUUUGGGGAGGACCAGGCUGUUCUGGGGAUAUGGCAAUGAUGUAUGACAAUAUUGGCCCCUUUAUAUUGAACAGCAACGGACAGCCAGUUGCAAAUCCUUUAACCUGAACCAAUAACUACCACGUAAUGACAAUUGAUCACCCGCUAGGCACUGGGUUUUCAUUAGCAAACGCAAAGUCUGAUUUUGCUAAUUCCACGACUUCUGCGUCUAAUGCCUUAUAUAACUUUUUGGUAAAGUUGGCUCAAAAAUACCCAACUUGGUUCAAUAGAGACCUUUACUUUUUUGGAGAAAGUUAUGCUGGGCAUUGGAUUCCUGGGAUUGCUUAUAAAAUUGAUUUUUUUAUAAAUGCACUAAAAAACAACCCCUCUUAAUUUUCCUCAUUAAAGCCUAAUUAUAUCUGAAAUCAAUACCCCUGGAAAAUUAAUUCACAUUCAAAAGUAAAUUGUUUUUAAGAAAAUAAAUCUCAAUAAAAUAAUAAGUGAAAAUAACAGCCCAAGUCCGUUGUUCCAUUUUAAUCUUAAAGGCAUUGGAAUUGGAGAUCCGUGAAUAGAUCCGGCAACGCAAGGCAAUUAUUCAGGCUAUGCUUAUUCAAACUCCUAUAUAGAUAAAGAAGAACUUCAGAUAUUCUAAAUUGGAUUGAUCAAAACUUUAAGUUUUACAUAAUAAAGAGCAAAUUCUUACUGUUUAUUCAUUUUUUCUUGGGAAUAAUACAAUCAUAUGAGCAAAGCAUGAGUAAAGCCUUAAAUGAGUCUCAAUUGCUUAAAGCUCAUCAAGAUUGGAGCUGGUCAAACCUUGGCAAAUCUCCCUAGACUUACCUUUGCUAAUGAUUCUAUGCCUACUCCAAAAUCUGAAUCCUGCUCUUAUACCCUUUGGCAGCCUUAGAGUUGGUGAGUUUAUCUGCAUGUUAAAUUUAUAUGAAACUCUGCUUAGCAGACUAGGCUUCUAAAAUCUUCAGUUUAGUUUAUAGUUCAUAAAUUAUGUAUAAUUUAUGAACUCAAAUAAACUUAUUUUGCCUAAAAUCAAUAGUCUUCAGACCAAAAAAUUAUCAGAUCGGUAAAUUCCGGUAACUAAAUUUUAUAGAAUAAUAUGUAAUCUUAAUCGUAUGUUGCAAUUUCCUGUGGAUGGCGCUAUUUUGGCCUUGAUUUUCCCACUGAAAAAAUAUUUGGUCCGACCAGUUCCAUAUGAUUUGGUCAAACCAAAAAACUUUCCCAGUGGGAGAAUCCCAUAUCUUUAUAUGAGCUGGACUGCUAGAUAAAUCUAUCAACCAUGCAGGCCCAUCAAGGCUUAGCCAUUGAGCUACAUUUUAGAUCUGACUCAAAAAUAUUCAGGAGGGUUCAACAUUUAUAACGUAAGAGAAUUUACCCAGCUAAAUUCCACCCUCUAUGCUAACUGGUUGAAUUUAAACACAACCAAAAUAAUGCUUCAUGCUCCAUUAAACGUUACUUGGGUAGAUUGCAGUGAUCCAGUUUACAAUAAUUUGGUGACGGAUAUGAUGAUAACGGUAGGAAACUUACUCCCUUACAUUAUUGACAACAUUAAGGUGCUUAUAUGGAAUGGCCAAGACGAUUUCAUGGUGAAUACACUGUCAACUGAAAACAUGCUCAAUAGUUUGAAAUGGACAGGAAUUUCAAAUUUAAUCAAUUCGAAUAAGAUUGCAUGGAAAGUCAAUGGAAGCAUUGCCGGGUAUGUAAUAAAUUACCAGACGCUAACUUAUGCGCUUCUCUUGAAGGCAGGACAUAUGGGAUCGCAUGACCAGCCAGCUAAUGCACGGGAUAUGAUCAAUAGAUUUAUUAACAAUCAAGGAUGGAAAUAA